UUAGUUUCUGCGACUUGUGUUGGGACUGCUGAUAGGAAGAUGUCUUCAGGAAAUGCUAAAAUUGGGCACCCUGCCCCCAACUUCAAAGCCACAGCUGUUAUGCCAGAUGGUCAGUUUAAAGAUAUCAGCCUGUCUGACUACAAAGGAAAAUAUGUUGUGUUCUUCUUUUACCCUCUUGACUUCACCUUUGUGUGCCCCACGGAGAUCAUUGCUUUCAGUGAUAGGGCAGAAGAAUUUAAGAAACUCAACUGCCAAGUGAUUGGUGCUUCUGUGGAUUCUCACUUCUGUCAUCUAGCAUGGGUCAAUACACCUAAGAAACAAGGAGGACUGGGACCCAUGAACAUUCCUUUGGUAUCAGACCCGAAGCGCACCAUUGCUCAGGAUUAUGGGGUCUUAAAGGCUGAUGAAGGCAUCUCGUUCAGGGGCCUUUUUAUCAUUGAUGAUAAGGGUAUUCUUCGGCAGAUCACUGUAAAUGACCUCCCUGUUGGCCGCUCUGUGGAUGAGACUUUGAGACUAGUUCAGGCCUUCCAGUUCACUGACAAACAUGGGGAAGUGUGCCCAGCUGGCUGGAAACCUGGCAGUGAUACCAUCAAGCCUGAUGUCCAAAAGAGCAAAGAAUAUUUCUCCAAGCAGAAGUGAGCGCUGGGCUGUUUUAGUGCCAGGCUGCGGUGGGCAGCCAUGAGAACAAAACCUCUUCUGUAUUUUUUUUUUCCAUUAGUAAAACACAAGACUUCAGAUUCAGCCGAAUUGUGGUGUCUUACAAGGCAGGCCUUUCCUACAGGGGGUGGAGAGACCAGCCUUUCUUCCUUUGGUAGGAAUGGCCUGAGUUGGCGUUGUGGGCAGGCUACUGGUUUGUAUGAUGUAUUAGUAGAGCAACCCAUUAAUCUUUUGUAGUUUGUAUUAAACUUGA